AAUGCAGAAUUAAUUAUGUGAGAGGGUUUUCAAAAAAGUUCUAAAGAGGAUAUAGAACUAUGUGCAUUUGUAUAUCAACUGCCGAGGAUAGUGACGUAAGACCGACCCCUGACCAGUGUGUGCAUUUCCCUCUCCUCUUUGCCGUGUUAUCCCUAUUGCCUAUCAUGACUAUUCUUCGAGGGUGGCGGUACAGCCUUUUCUUGGGUGGUCUGAUUGGCUUCAUUGGUGCCACCCUCUAUCCCAUCGUCAUCUACCCAAUGAUGAACUCAAGCCAAUACAAGCAAGCUCAGAUUGAAAAUCGUAGAGGUAUUAAUCAAGAAGAGAUACAACCUGGAAAUAUGAACGUGUGGUCGGAUCCAUUUGAUAGAAAAAAAUAGUGAUAAUGUGAUGCUUCUAAAGACAUUGCAGCUGUAGUGUAUAUAAUAUUUUAUAUUUUAUAAUGUUAAUAAUUUAAAGGUAUCCUUUGCAUCUAUGAUGCUCAAUAGGACAUUGAAAAUAUUACAUGAGAAGAAAGAGAUAAAUGUAAAAGGGAGAGAAUAAAAGAAUGCAUAAGUUGAGCACCACAGUGUUACUUUACUAUGGGUUUCAGAGGGUUUGUUACAGCCUUUUUUAGGGAAUAACUUUGACAAAUUGAUGAAUUGUGAUCAUAUUUUGACUGCUUUGGACACUCCACUAGGUUUUGUCACUGGUCAAGUAACAAAAGGGGACAAGCACUUGCCUGAAUAUAUUUACCUCAUGUAAGACAUUGUUACACACACUGUCUACUUUCUACCACUGAGAGAUAAUGUUACAGCUCCUGCCACCACCAUCAAUACUGUGAAUGUGUGUUGUUACUUUUAUUAAGUAUUAGUAAGCUACUAUAAUGAUAUUUGAGGGAACAGAGGCUAUCAUUGCCUUUAACAUGACAUUGUAGCACAUCUUGAGUUUGUAAUAUUUUACAUUAAGCUGAAUUCCCAUAUUUUUUAUUUUUUUAUUUAUUUAUUUAUUUAUUUAUUAUUUAUUUUUUUUUUUUGGCUUUAAUUAAAGCUCCCUUCUAUUCCUAUAAAUUACUUGAUUACUUGAAAAUAUUAUGCAGUUUUAUUUUGGUCUUAUCUUACUAUACAUAUAGUUCAUUGUAAUGAAAAUUGGUGGUGUCUAAAACACACAAGGUCAUAGUAUAAUUCUAAUUCAUCAAUUCAUCAGAGAGUUAGUCCCAAAAAUUGUUUAACAUGCAGUCUGAAACCCAUAGUAGUUAAAGAAGAAGCUGAGAAUAAUAUAUACUUUAUAAAUAGGUUAAACAAGUUAUCCAGGUAGACAUGAGUAUUUAUUUAUUUGAUUUGAUUUGAUUUGAUUUGAUUUUAUUUUAUUUUAUUUUAUUUUUUAUUUAUUUAUUUAUUUUUUUUUUUUUGAGGAAGAUAGAUGAAGGUAUAUGAUGUUUGGUAUGCUGCUACUUGUUUAAAUCCCUGGAUAAUUAUAUUGUAAUACGAUUUGUGGUAAUGCUGGUGGAUUAUUAUUGAUAUGUCAUAAAAAUAAAACUGAUGUAUACAA